CUCGAAUCGGCCAUUUGAAACAUGGCAGUUCCAUGUGAUAACUAGUUGGAAAAUUUUCCUUCUAUUUUCUAAAAUAUAAGGCCGAUUGUGUCUCUAAUAAGUGUUUUUCUGAAAUUUAUUCACAAUAGUGGGUGAACAAUGAAGUUGAACGUGUCGUACCCCGCAACGGGAUGUCAGAAACUGUUUGAGGUUGUGGACGAGCAUAAGAUACGUAUCUUUUUCGAUAAGCGUAUGGGCCAAGAAGUUGAAGCCGAUCUGUUGGGGGAUGAAUGGAAAGGCUAUGUAUUGAAAAUCGCUGGUGGCAAUGACAAACAGGGUUUUCCCAUGAAACAGGGCGUUUUAACCAACGGAAGGGUACGCCUUUUGCUAUCUAAAGGCCAUUCAUGUUAUAGACCACGCCGUACUGGUGAACGUAAGAGAAAAUCUGUUCGCGGAUGCAUCGUAGAUGCAAAUCUAAGUGUCUUGGCUUUGGUUAUUGUACGUAAGGGUGAACAAGAAAUUCCUGGUCUCACCGAUACAACUAUCCCUCGACGACUUGGUCCAAAAAGGGCCUCCCGCAUCCGUAAGUUGUUCAAUUUGAGCAAAGAAGAUGACGUACGCCAGUAUGUCGUGAAAAGACCUCUCCCUCAAAAGGAAGGCAAGAAAUUGAGAACCAAGGCUCCUAAGAUUCAGCGUCUUAUUACACCAGUCGUUUUACAACGUAAACGUCAUCGUUUGGCUCUUAAGAAGAGGCGUUGUCUGAGACGUAAAGAACAAGAAGAUGCUUACGCUAAACUCCUCGCCCAACGUAAGAAGGAGUCCAAGGCACGCAGGGAGUUGAUGAAGAGGCGCAGAUCUGCUAGUAUGCGUGACAGCAAGUCCAGCACCCAGAGCGGACAGAAAUAAUUUGUAGUAUUUUUAUAUUUACAAUAUGUAAGCACAAGGUGAAAAUAAAAAUUGAAAAAAUUA